AUGUCCGGAACAUCUUUUUCCACGCUCGCCAGACGAGCCAACUCCGUGUCAUGUUCAGCGACCGUUGACCCAAAGCUACCCAGCAAUUUCCUCUGUCCUUCAGGAGACAACUGCAUAUCUCUGGACAGUUCGUCCUCGGGCCUCUGCUGCCCAGAUACAUCCAAUUGCGCCACCAUCCAGACCAUAACCUGCGACAUCCAAACUCAGAAUCUGACCUCAAACCCCAACGCAGCCAUAUUCACAACAAGAUUAGGAGAUAAACUGCCGACAUGUGGCUCGUCAUGCUGCCCCUUCGGCUACGAAUGCGUCACAUCUUCGCAAUCACCAAUCUGCCAGCUCAUUGCCAACACCAGCAUUGAAGGAAAGAACAAUACCUCUACCUCUUCAACUUCAUCAUCUACUUCAUCCGCAACCUCCUCAACAGCUUCCAAAACUGCAACAUCAACCAGCAGCACAACAGCCACAUCAACCCCACUCUCCACAGGCGUGAGCUCUUCAUCCUCAGCCGCUGAAUCUACAUGCAACAGAUUCCCAGUCGGUGUCUUUCUAGCGGGGUUCUUUCCCGGAAUGUUCAUCGGGGCAUUCAUGAUGCUCGCCUGGGUUAUUUGCUCAGGUCGGCACCGCAAACCAACCUCUCGCAACUCCACAGGCUCAUCCGUCUACAAACCCACUAUCUCCGACCCCAUCCCCCUCGACUCCGGCGGUCUACGCACCGACUUUCUUCGCAAGACCACCGACCGCGCGAAAUCCAUGUUCUCCACAAACUCCCAGAUCACCAGCCCGGCGGAAAGUCACUGGAAAAUGCCGACACCGCCUGUACCCAAUAACAUCCCCGCCGCUCACCUGCCUGUGACACCGGAGCGCAGACUCGCCCACGAGCUCAGCUCCGAGAGUAUCCGCGUGUAUUCACCGCCCAGCGGCACGGGCGUGGUGAUGCCUGUGCCUUCACACAUUGCGCCUCUACGGGGCAUGGCUGCGCAGAGAUUUCAAGCUACAAACAUGGGCAGUCCGUUCCAGUCACCUCCCCCUACCAGCAACCCGGCUGACACCUCGAACAGCAUUCUUCCCACUAAAAAGGAGAGAGGUGUGAGUACGUACUCAGGCGUCUCGUCGCUGUCCGAAAACGAUGAGCAGCAAGCACAGACGCUCACGCCAGCGCGCUACGAACCUACUGGCUGGACGCCGCCGAAACGAGUUCGUCCUGAGGGCACUGAGGAGCAGAGCAGGCCGACCACCACGUUCACUGAGAUGUUGCAUGAAGCUGGGUUUCCAGACCCCAUAAGAGAGGAUCACGGUACGCCGGCUGUACCGAAGAUACCGAAUGGGUACGGCAGGAACCGAACGUAA